AUGAAUUUCUUCAAACGCAAAUUCUCAUUUUCGGAAGACGAAGGGGAGCCUAUGGAAGAGGUCAACGGACCUCCGUCUUCCUUCUCUUUCCAGUCGAUAGCAAACAAAGUAUCCAAUACUAUCAGGUCAGUCUUUUCUGAGUUCCAACCACUCUUCUGCUCUCCCUCUCUUCCUUCCCAAGCAAUUAAACUGAGAAUCUCAUUUGUAUUUUUCUGUUUUGUCACCCCAAAAGAGCACUAGAGACACACUUGCAAUCCGAGCCGGGGACACAAAGAGAAAAAUAAGAAUUCGUGGGAGAAAUGGUCCGAAUUCAAAUGAGAAUUUACAAUAAGGCAUUUGCAUUUCGCAUCAUUACAAUUAAGCAUUUGCAUUCGACGUUUCGUGAACUUAAACAUGAAAUCGCUCUUUUUCCAGCGCUCCGACUUCACCUGCAAAAUCGCGAGAAUCCCUUGCAGCUGCCGUCGAGCGAUCCCUCAACCAUGACAGGCAAGGCACUCUUUCUCUUUUCCUUUCUUACUGCUCCCUUCAGAAGCCGCGGAGAACCGGUGAUGAAGGACGCAAAAGUGCUUCUUGUCAUUGAUUCCCAUCACGUCGAUUGGAGCAAGUACUUUCGGAAUCACACGGAGUUUGCCAUCCGUGUGGAACAAGGAGAUAUCGACGAGCUGGAUGUGAUGUGUACAGAGAAGUCGUGUACCGUCGAGCUCAAUCAGCCAGGAAAAGAUGUUCGGACGUUCACUCCGUCUGCCGUUUUCUUGGGAGCCGGUGCUACCCGAUGUGCUCAAUUGAAGACCAUCACGAGGGCGUUCAUUGCUGCUCAUAUUCCUUUUUUGAACUCGCACACUUCUGCCGUUGCUUUCCUGGACAAGAACAAUCUAAAGAAGCAGUUGAAAAAGAUCACAUUGUCGGACGGAGCAUGCAUUCCGAUGCUUCCAGUUGUGCAUUACCCUCAUUUUCAUAAGUUUGUGAGUGUCUCUCGCCUAAUGCCUAUGCAUUCAGUGACUUGUAUUUCAGCAUCAAAACCAAUCUGCCACGUAUCCAAUGGUUGUUUCGGUGAAUGAGGGAUUCCAGGGAAUCGGAAAGAUCAAGGUAAACAGCCAAGAGGAACUGUGCGACGUUGAAGGAAUGCUCCAGAUCAUGUCGAAAGGUGAUACGGAAGUGAGUAAUGUGGAACGGAGAAAAUUGAAUAUAGGCACGUUUUUAGGUGGAAGUGCAGCCGUUCGUUGAUGCCAAAUACGACUUGCAUGUCCAGAAAGUAGGCCACGAAUACAAGACAUUCCUCAGAAGGGGCAUCUGCAAACACUGGAAGAGCAAUGUCGGAUCGAGUGUUUUGGAGCAGAUUGCAACGAGCGAAAGGUUCACUUUUCAUUGACGUCUGCUUGUGAGCAACUCAUUUUCAGACAUAAAAAGUAUCUGAAGGCUAUCACCGACCACGUUGGGCCCAUGCAAAUCUGCUCCAUUGACGUUCUAGUUUCGAGAGAAGGCCGGGAGUUCGUACAUGAUGUCAACGAUGUGAUAGGUAUCAUAAGCUUAACAUUCUAUUCCAGCUCCAUUGUUUACAGCUUACUUCGGAGAGUCCGCAGAAGAUGACAGGAGGGCUGCAAGCAUGUUGCUCCGAGCUCUUGUAGCUCCCCGAAUUAUCACGUCACCAGGAGCAGAGAAUGGAGUAGCUUUCUCGGAGGCUCCGCCCUCCUCUUCGACCAACGGACAUCAUGCUCCAGGAGCACGCCGUCUCCCUCCUCAGCCAACGACUUCCCAUCACUUACCCCGUGUCGGGAAGGACGAUAAAAUAGAGUCUCACCACAAAGAACACUUUGCUCCGCCGCCUGCAAUUCCCAGAGCUGCUUCAAAAGAAUCGAUUUCGUAUGUAGACGACACGAUGGGACAGCUGAAGAGGACGUUCGCGGGAUUCUUUGGAGAGUGA